UUUCUCCAGCGGCCCCUCCCGUCUGUGGGGUCGAGGCUCCGAGGAGAAUAUUUUUUCUCCUGCCCAGCACCCGGAACUUAGCUUUGUCCCACUUGAUGGAGGGAAGAGUUAAAGGAACGGACAACAAAGAGGGGGGCGGGGCAUCCGGAGGGCCUCUGAGGGCCCCGGAAGUGUAGUUCACGGCGCGGUUUCCCCAGAGUCAGGUCUCUCGCCCCAAACCCGCAGACAGAAGGUAGGAACACCGGAGGUUGGAGGCCGAGUGUCCGAACCGGCGCGGCCGACGUGACCACCCGCAAGUCGCGUUUCUUUGCGUUCUGCUCACUCACUCUUGAGGUGAGUCGUGGACGAGCGGCUUGCACCGUCAACCUGGAAAGCAGAGCUUGCUUGUGCAGCGCCGAGCCGGGCGAAGUGGCACUUUUUUGUAUAAGGCUGCUGCUCUUGAAAGCAGUCCUGGCUUCUAAGACUGACGUCCAAAUAAUUCUGGAAGAAGAGCUGACAGUUUGUGCACCCUAACAACCCUGGACAGAAACCAGCAUGUCUCAGGCCAGCAAGAGGAAGCAUGUGGUACAGGAGGUGCUGGGGGAGCACAUGGUGCCUUCUGACCAACAGCAGAUAGUGAAAGUCCUCAGGACUCCUGGGAACAAUCUGCAUGAGGUAGAGACAGCACAAGGGCAGCGCUUCCUGGUGAGCAUGCCCUCCAAAUACCGCAAGAACAUCUGGAUCAAGAGAGGGGACUUCCUCAUUGUUGACCCUAUUGAAGAAGGAGAAAAAGUAAAGGCUGAGAUCUCUUUUGUACUCUGCAAGAACCACGUCCGCUCUUUACAGAAGGAGGGUCACUGGCCUGAGGCCUUUUCUGAGGUAGCUGAGAAACAGAACAAUAUGAACAGAGAGAGUCAGCCGGAACUCCCUGCUGAGCCACAGCUGUCAGGAGAAGGGUCAGAUUCUGAAGAUGAUUCUGACCUCUUUGUCAACACCAAUCACAGACAGUAUCUUGAGAGUGAGGAGGAGAGUGAAGAAGAAGAGGAGGAGGCAGCUUGAGACUCAGGACCCACUUCUCUGCUUGCUCAGGGACUACCCCUUGGCUUUUCUGGGCUUGGACAUUCCCAGGGUGCCCUGCAGAUCUUUUCCUUUGGAUGGGGACAAAGCAUGGCCCCUUUCUGAACUGACCUAAAAGAAUUAAACCCCUGGUGGGUAAUGACUUAACUGGUGUCUGAGUGGCUCUCUGUGUAGAGGGAAGCUCAUGGUGAAGUAAAGUCUCUUCAGUGGUGGAAGCCUUGGUCACAUGUGGGUAGAAUGGGAAGGAAAUGGUUUUGCCGGACUCUGCUGCAUGUAUCUGGUUCACAGUACCUCUCUGUACACUUGAUGCCUCACCCUGUGCUGUGCCUUACUGGGUCUUCCUUCAUACUUGCUUACAUUCAGUAGUGAUUCCAAUAGGUGAGCUAGUAGCCUAGGACCUAGUACUCACUUGCUUCUUAAGCACAGCUCAGGAUAAACCUCAUGGUGCCUUGUUAUCCCUUACUACAACAGUGCAUACUGCCUGCUGCCAUACAAACAACACCCAUGCACCCCAUCUCUCUUCACCUUAGCCACCUGUCAUUUCCAGAAUAUGUCUGUGGUCAGGAUACCUCCUUGCUGUCUCCUGUUUUUUAAAUUUUUUCCAGUUUCCUCAGGGUAUUAAUUUCCUAUAAUCUUGAGAUGGUUUCUAAACUAGGUUUGCUUGGGCAUCACUGUGUAGCCUAAGCUAACCAACUCAAUGGCUGUCCUGCCUCACAAGCAUGAACCUCUGGAGCUACUAACCUUUUAUUAGAGGUUAUUGUAACGCUCUUACCCCUUGUGCCUACCUCAGCAUCAAAAGGCUUCUUGUGGCGACUCAGACCUUUGCUCAUGACUGCCUCCAUUCAUUUACUUACUGCCUUGGUUCAAAGAUCCUUCAGGUGCCCAGGUGCUCGCUAAACUGCAGGCUUCUGUGAACUAUGUCCUCACUUGUUGGGAGGCUUUUGCUUCUGGCUAUACACUGCUAGCAUUAACUCAGCCCCUGCUGAAUCCAUCCUAUGGAAAUUGACCUCUCAGCUUAGUCUUGCCCCUACUGGUCACUUGCUCCAUCCCACCGUGGAACUGUUCAACCUGCUGCCUAUGCCUAAUGUGCUUGUGUGUGUAUUUUCUUUGUGAACUUGUACUAAUGGAACUUCUACUUUGGAGUCUUCAUUUUGUUUUUCUGUUGUGGGUAGUUGGUUGAGUGUGGAGGCAUGUAUUAGCUUCAUAUGCUAUAUAGAAUCUCUUGUUUUUGAACAAGAAAUCUUGUGAUCAUACCCACUCUGGCUCUCAUUUAUGUUUGUCAUGUUUGCUUUUUGCAAUAGUAAAUGUAUACUUGGGUAUACACAUGUAUAAAAUACAGAUGUAUAUACAUGGAAAAAUAAACUAGAUGAGUUAAAGAUAAACCUA